AAGACACCUUCCAGACCUUUCAAAACUCUUAUUUGAACUCACUAUUCAAUAUGGUCCGCCUCAUGACCCUCGGGCUCUUUCUUAUCAGCGCCCUCACCGCGCAGGCCUGUACAUACUGCCAGUGCGAGUUCAGCGACAGCAGUCACUGCUGCGUAUACUCGGAUGCAACCAUCGGAGAGUUAGACUGUACCAGCAUCUGCGCCAAAGCUCAUCGGGCCGACGGCGUUAGCAAUGCGGAUGGCACAGCCGGUACUGCGUGCAAUGCUGGGGGUAAAUAUGAGUGCAUUAGUGUUAUUACGGCGCAAGGUCGGACGCCUUGCUACACUGAGUGA